AUGAACUGGGCCGGCCUCUACACAGUGCUGAGUGGGGUGAACCGCCACUCCACCUCCAUUGGGCGCAUCUGGCUCUCUGUCAUCUUCAUCUUCCGGAUAAUGGUGCUGGUGGUGGCAGCUGAGAGUGUCUGGGGGGACGAGAAAUCCGCCUUUACCUGCAACACCCAGCAGCCUGGCUGCAACAGCGUCUGCUAUGACCACUUCUUCCCCAUCUCCCACAUCCGUCUGUGGGCCCUGCAGCUCAUCCUCGUCACCACGCCUGCCCUCCUUGUGGCCAUGCAUGUGGCUUACCAGCAGCACCAGGAGAAGAAGCUGCUGGUGCUGACGGGGCAUGCAGAUCCCAAGCACAUGGAGGAAGUGAAGAAGCACAAGAUGCGCAUCUCGGGGUCGCUGUGGUGGACGUACGUCUGCAGCGUGGUCUUCAGGCUGCUCUUUGAGGCUGUGUUCAUGUACAUCUUCUACAUGCUCUACCCAGGCUACCAGAUGGUGCGGCUGGUCAAAUGCGAGGCCUAUCCCUGCCCCAACACCGUCGACUGCUUCAUCUCACGGCCCACCGAGAAGACCAUCUUCACUGUGUUCAUGCUGGUCACCUCCAGCAUCUGCAUCGUCCUCAACAUGGCUGAGCUGGUCUACCUGGUGGUGCGGGCCUGUGCCCGUCGAGGCCAGCACAACUCCAACCCCUCCUCAGGGAAGAGCUCAUUCUAUGGGCACAAGCUCUCCUCUGAGUACAAGCAGAACGAGAUCAACCAGCUACUGACAGAGCAGGAUGGCUCCCUCAAGGACAUGCUGCGCCGUAACCCUGUGCUGCAGGAGAAGGGUGACCGCUGCUCUGCCUGCUAG